AUGGGGCGGCCAUCGGCCAAGCUGCUCGCCCACAACCCGGUGCCGGCUGUCUCAUUAAAUAAACACAUCAGAGCAUAUGUAAAUGCUACCCAAGCCGUCUCGAAAGACCACUCUUGGAUUUCUAAUCCGGAAAUCCCCUCAUCUGCUGAGAUUCUCGGUAUUGGCGACAGCUCUCAGCCUGGUGAUGCGGUCUUUCUAAAUCCCAACAAGAUCGUUGGCCCUUGGCAAUCGAAACAUCUCUAUCUUAAAACGCACUAUGAUCUUCUUCGUGAAGAUGCGGUAGCUCCUCUAAGGGAUGCCGUUGCUUAUGUUCGUCAAGAUCCGCGUAUGAAGGAUACCUUGGAUAUUUGCAUUUACGAAAAGGUGCAUAUAAUUGGUGUGACGUUUAGCCAUGUUGGUGUUGCCGUCAGAGUGCAAUUUUCCACGGUUCGGGCUGGCAAAAAUAUCGUUUGGGAAUAUUCUAAGCGGUUAAUUAGCGGCAAUAUUGUUGCAUUGACUCCUGCUAGUGAUGGCUUUCAACGUAAAUGUGUCAUUGCUAUUGUUGCGGCACGCCCAUUAGAUGGUCUCAAGGCCCAGCCCUGUGAGGUUGAUCUUCUUUUCGCGAACCCUGAUGACGUAGACUUUGAUUGUCAGCAGGAGUGGCUCAUGGUUGAGGCGCGAAAUGGGUACUACGAGGCGCAUAGGCAUACCCUCACUGCCCUUCAAAAAAUGAGUAGGGAAUGCUUUCCGCUCGCUGAAUAUAUUUGUGACAUCAAAAAUAACGUCGAGACACCAGAAUAUAUCAUGAAGAAUCCCAUCAUGAACAUGUCGGAGCUCCAUCCUACAUCAAAUACGACGACCCUUGUCAAUGUAUCAAAAGAGUGGCCAUCACCGCCUGAAGGCUUGGACCAAUCCCAAUGGCGUGCACUAAGGCAGAUUUUAACAAAAAAAUUGUCUAUUAUACAGGGGCCUCCUGGAACUGGGAAGACAUAUAUUUCUGUUGUUGCUAUCAAGAUUUUGCUUGCAAACAUGCUGCCUGGAGACCCGCCAAUCAUUAUCGCGGCGCAAACAAAUCACGCGCUUGAUCAGCUUCUUCGCCAUGUCGCAAAAUUUGAGAAUAAUUAUGUUCGGUUAGGUGGUCGAAGUACAGAUCCCGAGAUUAAAAAGCGAACGGUGUUUGAAUUAAGAAAUAAGAGUAAUCUUCCAUAUAUCCCUGGAGGGACUCUACGCCCAGCAAGGAAUCAGCUCAGGGCCAUUGUUGAUCAACUCACAGAGUUGAUUGCACCGUUUGCGCUUGAAAGUUGCACGGAGCCUCUUCAAUCCGAUUUCUUUCUCAGUCUCGGUAUUAUUACACAGGAACAACAUGAAUCCCUAAUCCAUGGAGCAGAGGGGUGGUUUCACGCCGGUGAUCAGGUGGACCCGAUGUCUGCCUGGCUUGAUGAACAGAGGGUUCCCUACAAUGUCACUUACAAGACAGAACAUUUCGGAUUUGCUGAAGACGAGGUUGACCUGGAAUACGAACAGUUGAAGGAGCUCGAAGCUGAACAGGGGCUUGAUGAUGAUGAUUUUGAGAGCCUCAGAGGGCAUUAUAUGCCCCUCAGAGAAGGGUAUACCGGACGAAACUAUGCCGGUGAUAAAGUAGUCCGUGAAAAAUACCUCAAGUACCAGGAUAUGUGGGAAAUCCCCACCUUUGCUCGUGGUCGUGCGUACACCAUUCUUCAGAACCAGGCCAAAAAUAUAAUCCGUGAUAAAUUGCGUUUUCUGACAAAUGCCUAUGCAACCACGGCCUCCAACUUAAAGGUUGGAAAAUGGGAACGGGAUUCAGUCAUCCUCCAGGGAGCAAAACUGAUUGGCAUGACAACAACCGGCCUUAGCAAGUAUAGGGCUCUUAUCUCUAGCCUCAAGCCAAAAAUCAUCUUGAUUGAGGAGGCUGCUGAGAUUCUUGAGGCGCCAGUUACCGCUGCCUGUGUUGAAAGCUUGGAACACCUUAUCUUAGUUGGCGAUCACAAACAACUGCACGGUCAAUGUGCUCUUAAAGAGCUAGAAGGGGAACCCUACUUUCUCGGGGUCUCAAUGUUUGAAAGACUAGUGAAUAAUAAUGUGGAGUUUCAGUGUCUAACAAAACAGAGACGUAUGGCACCUGAGAUACGAAGAGUUCUGGCUCCGAUUUACGAUAACCUGGAAGACCACGAGGCAGUCUUAAACCGACCUGACAUUCCUGGUAUGGGUGGCGUGAACUCAUACUUUUUCUGUCAUGUCUGGCCUGAGUCAUCAGACAGUCUUCUAUCCAAGUACAAUGAGGAUGAAGCAAAGAUGGUUGUUGGCUUCUUUGUCUAUCUCCAUAUGAAUGGAGUGCCAGUUGAGCAUAUCACUGUUUUGACCUUUUACAACGGGCAACGAAAAAAAAUUCUCAAGGCACUGAAAGAUCAUCCACUGUUGCAAGGACAGUAUGUUAAGGUGGUCACUGUUGAUUCUUAUCAGGGCGAAGAGAAUGAGGUUGUUCUUCUCUCACUUGUCCGCAGUAACGACCGUCACAUUGGCUUCCUUUCCGUCGAAAACCGGGUCUGUGUAGCCCUCUCGCGGGCGAAGCGCGGUUUCUAUAUCUUCGGCAAUGCUGAGGCCCUUUCCAUACACAGCGCUCUCUGGUGGCAGGUUGCUCAGAUCAUGCGGCAAGAGCCAAAGCGGAUAGGGUACUUCAUCCCCGUGACCUGUUCUAAGCAUAACGUUAGAACCCUUGUCCGAGACCCCAGGACUUGGGCGAAGUCCGAUGGGGGUUGUUCAUCGCCUUGCGGGGAUACAUUAGACUGUGGACACAAAUGUCCAUUGCGUUGCCACGCAAUGUCCCACGAAAGCGUUCGCUGUGAAAGACCUUGUCGUCGACUUCUUCCUUGUGGCCAUGAAUGCGAGAAGCCGUGCUUUAUCCCUUGCGAAUGCGACUGUCCGAAGGCACGCGAACUCCCAGUCGAAAUCCAAGCAUUACAACGUGUUGAAAACUUGAGGCCAGAUUCGAAGGCCGAACAAGUCGCAAGUGUGCAAAGAUAUCGUGACUUUGCAAACGGUGGUGCGAGGAAAGCAGAUGCACAGCUUGCACUUGCAACACAGAGAUUGGCCGUGGAGGAGCAGCUGAGGGUUGCUGAUGAAGAAGCCUUCGCGUCUCUUUUUGGCGAAGAUAUUGUCAACACGUCUUCUGCUUUACAAAACAGCACGGUAACACGUGCCCCAGAUAUUGCCGGCACGGCUCGCUACCGUUAUGUACAGUAUUACUCGAAUGCCUCAGGUCAGCGAAGUGAUAAGGAGGAGGUUAGCCUGCUGGAUCUUUAA